AAAGCGAGCUCAGUGGGGCAGCAAACUGGCUUGUCAGGCUGGAACUGGAACUCUGGGCUCAUGAGCUGCUUGUGAACUGAAAGUGUUGUGACUGAAGUUCUCCCAGGUAUCUUCAACCAGAGACCAUGAACUGGCACUUCCCACUCCUCUUUGUCCUUGGGACUUUAUCAUCUGUAUGUUCCCAGUUCAGUUUUUACCCUUUGGAGGAACUUAGCUCUGAUGUUGGUAUCCAGGUCUUCAAUCAGAUAGUGAAAACUAAGCCUCAGGACAACGUCGUUGUGUCUCCUCAUGGGAUUGCAUCUGUCCUGGGGGUGUUGCAGCUGGGGGCCGACGGCAAGACAAAGAAGCAGCUGACAACUAUGAUGAGAUACAGCGUCAAUGGAGUUGGUAAAGCCUUAAAGAAGAUAAACAGGCUCAUAGUCUCAAAAAAGAAUAAAGACAUUGUUACAAUUGCUAAUGCAGUGUUUGCAAAGAGUGGCUUUAAAAUGGAAGUGCCUUUUGUUACAAGGAACAAAGAGGUGUUUCAGUGCAGCGUCAAGAGCGUGGACUUUGAGGACCCAAAUGGAGCCUGUGAUUCCAUCAACCAGUGGGUGAAAAACGAAACAAGGGGUAUGAUUGAUCAGGUUCUAGCUCCAGAGGAUAUCGAUGGCAGCUUGACCAGACUGGUUCUGGUAAAUGCUGUGUACUUCAAAGGCUUGUGGAAGUCAAGGUUUCGACCUGAGAACACAAAGAAGCGUCAGUUUCACGCAGCUGAUGGGAAGACCUACCAAGUCCCUAUGCUGUCCCAGCUGUCCAUCUUCCGCUGUGGCACAACGAGUACUCCAAACGAGCUGUGGUACAACAUCAUCGAGCUGCCCUACCACGGCGAGAUGAUAAGCAUGCUGAUCGCGCUGCCCACCGACAGCACCACGCCCCUCUCGGCCAUCAUCCCCCACAUCAGCACGAAAACAAUAGGAAGCUGGAUGAGCACCAUGGUAGCAAAGAGAGUGCAGGUCAUUUUACCAAAAUUUACAGCAGUGGCAGAAACAGACUUAAAGGAUCCUCUGAAAGCACUUGGCAUUACAGACAUGUUUGACCAGUCAAAAGCAAACUUUGCAAAGAUAACAAGAACAGAAAGUCUUCAUGUAUCUCAUGUUCUGCAAAAGACCAAAAUUGAAGUUAGUGAAGAUGGAACCAAAGCUUCUGCAGCAACAACUGCAAUUUUGAUAGCCAGGUCAUCCCCUCCCUGGUUCAUUGUAGACAGGCCCUUUGUGUUUUUCAUCCGGCACAAUCCUACAGGUACAAUCUUGUUUAUGGGACAAAUAAACAAACCUUGAAUGUGGAAAAGACUUUUUCUGCAAGGAGCAAACAGACUCAUGUGGCACAGCCCUGUCCUGUUCAAUAUUUUGUACACUGCUCUCUGGCUUCCCUCGGGCUGGUCGUAACCACCGGCUGGGUUCUGAAACAGGAGUCGAAGUAUUUCUGGCUCGGUUGGGAAGGGGGUGGGUGGAAAUGCAGAUUGAAACCUGCAGUGUCUCUUCAAAAUGUCUAAAAGGUUCUCUAAACUACUGACUGGUUGCCUGUGCUAACAAACUCCUGAGCUUUCUCUGCAUCUACUAAGAACUUUGGCUUUUGUGAGAGGACUUUUAACAAGGAGCGGUAAAACUUUGCUGUUAAAUGUUGGUUUUUCUUCUUGUGCCUGGGAAAGGUCUAAUCGUGUAGAUGCCACCUAUUGAGCUUUGGGUUUGGUUCUUGAGUAUCUUGAUCCCUGAGUAGUCUUGGUAGAAAUAGAUGGAAGGGUUCUUGCCAUUUUUAUUUAGUGCAUGUAUCACUGAGUUUGGAAUCCGAUGCGGUGUUAGGUACACAUGGCCUGGUCCUGUCUGUGUGUGAUGUAAACGUGCCCUUGCCAGGCUACACUUUCUGUUGGGUUGAAGUUUUAUAUUGGUUGGUUUGGUUUGUUUUGUACAAAGGAAGAAAUAAAACUGCAUUAUGAACAGAA